AUGGGUGACAAACGGGCUGAAAUUCGGGCUCGGAUCAACGACCUCUUGAACGCCAAAGGUGAGCGAGAAAAGAUACGCGAAAUGAUCGAAAAGAAGUUGGUGGAAUGCGGUUGGAAUGAUCGCGUCAAAGGCGCCUGUAAGGAGUUCAUCCGCUCCAAGGGCGUUGACGCCGUCAACGUCGACGAUGUUGUGGAGGCAGUAGCGCCCUCAGCUCGGGGCACUGUACCUCCGGAGGUCAAGGCCUCCGUAUUGGAGUACUUAAGGAAAUUUCUCGCCAAAAAUGGUGUCGAUGUGGACUAUUGUGGAUUAAAUGCUAUCGGGGGUCUAGGGGAUUCGAGUCAGGAAGAGCCGAAUAUGGUGCGGCAGUCGGAGCUUUUAACCAUCCAUGCUCGGCUUGAACAGGCCAACACAAAGGGCAGCGUCUGCAUUAACUCCAACACACGUCUCAGCUAG